AUGAGCAGUACACUGAUCCAAAGCCUAUACAAUGAAGAAAACUUGCUUCAUAUUACGGGUUUUGUUGCAGUUGGGGUAGCUGCCAAGCUUGUCCAUACAAUCCUGGUUUGGGCUAAUCAGGGAAAAGGCGAGGAUCCAUGGAACCGAGAAGGAUUCAAGAAGAUACCUGUUCCCUCGGGAAAAUAUCCAUAUUUUGGACAUGUAAUUUCGAUGGGAAAGGUUCCAGCCUUUCAAGUUGAAAAGUGGCAUCAAGAGAGCGGUCCAAUUAUUCAUAUUACUCUGGGAAUCCAACAUUGGGUUAUAAUUAGCGACCCUUUCAUUGCUCACGAGCUUUUUUCUCGAAACGGAAUAAGGGCAUCAGGUAGACAGAGACACUUCUUUACUCAUGAAAUCUACACAGACGGCGGAAAUCGUGGUAUUCUUUUCAACGACACGGGAAAGAAGUGGAAGAAUGCGCGCGGAAUGGCAUUGUCAAUAUUAUCGCCAAAGUUUGUUAACAGAUUCACAGCUGUCAUCGAGGACAUGGCUGACGAUACACUCAGAACACUGAAAGAAACAUCAGACAAAGAAGGGGCAGUGUGGCCUAUGCCUCUCUUAAAACUAGGAACCUUCAGUGCUAUUACAAGAUCUUUGUUCGGAAAAACUGCAGAGUCACUCGGCGAAGAAACAUUUAGAACUAUUGCCUUCUUAGGAGAAGAGGUUAUCAGAUUGGCCGGUCCUGAAAACGACAUUGACUCUUUCUUCCCUAAAUUUUCGUGGCUUACUAAACUCUCGUCCGAAAAGAAGGCAAUGGAAAACGUAGUUACAAAAAGAGAUAUAAUAUAUCGAAAAUUGAUAAAGGAUGCUGUGGAAGGCGAUGUUGAUUGCUUGGCAAAGAACGCGUACGCUCUCAAGGAUGAGUACAAUCUGAGUGACAUGGACUUGAUUAUCAUAAUGAGCGAUCUUUUCGCUGCUGGUGGAGAUCCAAUUGCUUUGUCGAUAGCCUGGCUCUAUGCAAUCUUACCUCAUUAUCCAGAGAUUCAAAAGAAGAUGUGUGACGAGAUUGAUCAGUUUAUUGUUAAAUAUGGUCGUAUACCUAGUUUCUCUGAUCGGGAAGAGCUUCCAUAUGUUAUUGCUGUGAUGAUGGAAAACAUCCGUUACAGAAGCAUUACAAAUUUCGGAAUCCCUCAUUAUGCCACAGCCGAUAUUGAGUUUCUUGAAUACUUUAUUCCAAAAGGCACUGUAAUAAUGAACAGUAUGCACGCUAUGCACAUGAACCCAACAGUCUAUGAAGAUGCGCAAAAGUUUAUGCCAGAACGAUUCUUAGGGUGUCUCAAGUCUUGGACAACUUUAUCCAACGGAAAUAUCAAGGAUCGCGAGAUGUAUGCUUUUGGAUGGGGGAGACGAACUUGCCCGGGGUCGCAUUUUGCCGAAGUAGAGAUAUUUAACAUGUCUGUUCGUACUCUUGCACGCUAUACCGUAGAACCCGCUCUUAAUACAGAUGGGACACCCUAUUAUUACGACUUGGACGUGGUGUCUACUGGUCUUAACUUGCCUCCAAAGGAGUUUAGAGUACGAUUUGUGACCAGGGUUGAUGCUCCCAUGAUUAUCCCCUCUUAA